AUGGCAACUGUUCAAAAAACUAGAAAACCCAAAACUAAUAGCUUUACCUCCAUUUUGGAUCAGGUUCUCAAUAAAUAUAACCUAUUGGCCGAAUCAAAUCUGCUUCAAUUACGUGCUCAUACCAAUGAGCUUAGUACUAUGUUACCAGAUUGGAAGGCUUGUAAAGAUGUGAAAAAGGCUCACCGUUGGCACUUAUUCAAAGAAAAUCAAAUAGGAGCUCUGGUUCCAAACAACAAAAAGAAAAAGCUUACUAUCAAGAAAAGAGCUCAAUAUUGUGCAAAAACUAAAGAUAUGUGGGAUAUUUGGUUACAUGCUUUAGACUUAGCUGUGCCAAAAAAUAAUACAGAUGAAGCAAUUGUGGCAGCCAGUUCUCGUGUUUUACAAUUUCGUAAAGAGUUAGCAGAAGCUGGAAGGCAACUCAAACAGCGAUUACCCAAUCUACCUAAAACUCCCAAACACUUUUUCUUAGAAGAAGGACUUAGAAGAAUUCAAAAUAUCAAUACUACUAAAAUCCCUACUAUGCAAGAUCUUGCAGAUGUAAUUAUAAUAUUGAGUAUGAGACCUGUCGAAGUUGACACUCUUCGUAUUAUCUAUUAUGAACCUGGUGAAUCAAAUCCUCCUAAAUGGUAUAUUAAAAAUAAAGAAGAAGCAAAAAAUAAUCCUGAACCUCAGCAAUUUCUAUCUAUGGAAAAGAAUCCAGAAUGUGCAAAAGAAUUGCUUACCUGGAUCCAAGAUUCAAUAACAACUAGAAAGUUAUACAAUCCUGUUUAUAGUAUUAAUGGAAAAUGUAAUACAGGAGUAUUUAGUAAAUUUUUAAAAUCAUAUAGUAUUACAGCCAAAAGAUUUAGAAAAAUUGAAGGAAAACAUGUUUCUAGAGUUCAUGAUGGUCAAAAUCCAACUUCGCAACAUCUUGAAUUCCUUAGCAGAGUUGCAAUAAGGCAUAAGAUGGAUCGUCAUAAUUCUGAAAUAUAUUAUGCCGAGGGUGAUACUUCCGAUUCUGACCUUGACGCAGAUCCAGAACCUGAACCUGAAACCCUAGCUUCCAAACUCAAGGUAAUUAAUGAGAAUACUUCUGAAAUUGAGAAUAUCUAUGACUUAUAUGGGAGUCAUGCUUCAUCAGUCGAGCAUUAUGGUGUAAUAAAUGAUAAGCCAGUUAUUCCACUGGAUGAUUCAGAAUCAGACCCAGAUGUGCUUAAAUCUGAUCACAGAUUAGAAGGUAUAGUUGGUGAUGAUCUGAUAGGUGAAGAAAUAAAAGGUUUAGAUUUACAGUUUCGUAUUAAAAGAAAGUGGCAAAGUUUAGCAAAAAUAAGCUUUGAACAUUCUCCCAAAACCCAUGUCUGCCAUGCUAAAAUUGUAAUAGAUGGUAUGAGCAUCCCGUUAUUUGAAGAAGAUUUUAACAAAGUCAGCUCUACUAAAAAUAAUUUAUCUAAAUCAACAGAAUCUAAACCUGGUCUAGCUCAAGAGAAGGUUAUGAAUGUAAUUAACAAAAUUCUCUUAAAUAUUGGAGAUAGACCCAAAGGGUCAUUGCUUUGCAACAUACCUUCUACACAUCUACUAUCCAGAAGAUUAAAUGAUAAUGUUUCCAAAAAUAAAAGUAAGAAAAAUAAUGUCAAAUAUUCCACAGAUGCUUCUUCUAAUUCAGACACUUCAGACAACAAUUCAAGUAAUUCUUCCACAUCUAGUUCAGAAAUAGAAGUUACACAUGCACAUAAGACUAGAGCAGUAAAGAAAUGCCCUAUUCGAAAGCGUAAAGUAAGAGGUAAAGUUAAUUAUCGAGCUUGA